AUGUCUAUGGCCACCGUUGAUCCGUGGAUGCAGAAUCUUCCUCAAAUUACCAACCAGGAUUUCUUCCAUUCCUCGGGAAUCGAAUGUUGGAAUCGACAGUUUCCCGAUCACCGCGUUGUCGAGGAAAAUGGUCCGAUCAAAACGAAGGAUGCGUUGAUGAUUUUGUAUUUUAUCACAGUGAGAAAUAUCAGGAAAAACCGAAAUACAAUAACUCGUAUCAGGGAUGCACUGAAAUCACCGGUUUCAAUUUUCCGCCGCUCUCCAAAACUCUCACUUCAAGAGGAUGUGCUCAGUUGGCAGAAAUCGCCGGAAUCUCUUGCCGCCAGCGAAUACGGCAGUAAACUUUUCGUUCAAUUUCUGAAACAACAGACGUCGGCUGAUGAUGUCGAUUUUUGGCUGGCAUGCGCUAAACAUCGGUGGACAGAAAUGACACGGGAUGGAUACGAAUACGCAGCUUAUAUGAUUUACAAUACUUAUGUGUUCUGGACGUGUGAAAGAAAGAUAGAUCUACUUGAUAAAUUUUGCUUUGUGGACGACGACGGUGGCACCCCGAGAGAUGUGUUCAUCACUGCUCAGGCAUAUGUUGGGACCAAAUUUCCAAAGGAUUCGCACAAGAAAUUCCUCCAAGAUCCCAUCUACUUGAACUUCCUCCAUUCGGUAUCGUCUGCAGCAAAUCAGCAAAAGAAGUAA